AUGUUUGAACUUGGCCAAAAAUUUGGAAUUGCAGAACUUACUGUUUGCAAUAUUUUAAAAGAUAAAGAUAAAUGGUUAUCUAUCAACCCUAAUGAUACCAACAGACAAAAAGAUAAAGCUGCAAAAUAUCCUGAUCUUGAAAGUGCAUUGAUGAUAUGGUUCAAUCAAGCAAUUUCAGAUAAAAGAGUAAUUACAGGUGAUAUAAUCCUCACUAAAGCUAAAAGAUUUGCCGAAUUACUAGAUAUCAAUGAUUUUAAAGGUUCAGAUGGUUGGGUGUCGAAUUUUAAGAAAAGAAAUAACAUAAAGCAUAAAUUAUACUCUGAUCUUAGUAUUGAUUCGAUUAGAAGAAGAAAAAAAAGAGGAGAAGAUCGUAUGCUAAGUACUAAUAGUAGUAAUAGUAAUAGUGCUAAUGAAGAUUUAAGGUUACGAGAAUGUUUUUCAGAUGAUAAUGGGAGGACUUCAUCUAGAUAUAGAGAUAAUUGUUUAAAGUUGAAUAAAUUAAGCCAUUUGGAAGGUGAUAAUUGGAGAAUUAAAGAAAAAAACGGUGUGUUCUACUUUGUAGAAGAAAUGGCUGAAAUUUUUUCACAUGAAAAACCUUGUAAAAAAAUAUUACAUGAUUUCCUAAGAGUCUGCCUUGAUUUAAAUUCUUUGGAGUUGACCCUUGAUGAUGAUUCAAGCAAUGAUGGUGUUGUAUUGUUGUUUAAAGAUUUCAAAGAAAAUUGUAAUUGUCCAUCAUUUAUUAUAUGUUUAGCCGGUCCAUGGAUGUGUAUAGCUUCAGCCAUUUUUUUAGAUCGGAUAAUUAUAGAUCCAUUGACUGAUUUUAUUCCACUACAACCAGCAUUUGAUAAUUAUGGUCUUGAUCGAAUUUCUAGGUUAUUUUUUGCAUUGAAAUCUGCAAUUAUUGAUUUAAAGGAAUUCUAUAGAAAGAUAGAGGCACAGAAAGUUUUUCAUGGACACCAAAAUUUUUUUCCAUAUGUAAAUACAUUUGUUCAAGAUGGAAGGGAG